UCGUCCACCCGCCGUACUUAACCCUGGGCCUGGGGGCCUCGCCGCGCGCACGGGCACCUCGGGCUCUGCCAGCUGCGGCUCUGCCGUCCCCGCGCCCGCCCGCGCCCGCUCCCCCCACCGCCGCUGCCGGCACCGCCCCCCAACCCCCGCCCCCGCCAGCUCGCGGGCACCCGAGCCGGGCUGCUAUCCACCCAGCCGUCUAGGCGGGCACAGCUCGGUCGGAGGCGCAGGUUGGGUAGGUACUGCAGGGGUUUCGGCGGCAGAGCCACCAGCAAGGAGGUGCGAAGAGCAUGGCCGGGAGAAGCGCCUUCCCCGCCGCCGCGCUCCGGCUCUGGAGCCUCCUCCCGUGCCUGCUGGGGCUGCGCGCGGAGGUCGGGCCGCCGCGGGAGGACAGCCUGUACCUGUGGAUCGAUGCUCACCAGGCGAGAGUGCUCAUAGGAUUUGAAGAGGAUAUCUUGAUUGUUUCAGAGGGGAAAAUGGCCCCUUUUACACAUGAUUUCAGAAAAGCACAACAGAGAAUGCCAGCUAUUCCUGUCAAUAUCCAUUCCAUGAAUUUUACCUGGCAAGCUGCAGGGCAGGCAGAAUACUUCUAUGAAUUCCUGUCCUUGCGCUCCCUGGAUAAAGGCAUCAUGGCGGAUCCCACUGUCAGUGUCCCUCUGCUGGGAACAGUGCCUCACAAGGCAUCAGUUGUUCAAGUUGGUUUCCCAUGUCUUGGAAAGCAAGACGGAGUGGCAGCGUUUGAAGUGAAUGUGAUUGUAAUGAACUCUGAAGGCGACACCAUCCUGCAGACACCUCAAAAUGCUAUCUUCUUUAAGACAUGUCAACAAGCUGAAUGCCCAGGAGGGUGCCGAAACGGAGGCUUUUGUAAUGAAAGACGCGUCUGUGAGUGUCCGGAUGGAUUCUACGGACCUCACUGCGAGAAAGCCCUCUGCACACCACGGUGUAUGAACGGCGGGCUUUGUGUUACUCCCGGUUUCUGCAUCUGCCCACCUGGAUUCUACGGAGUCAACUGUGAUAAAGCAAACUGCUCAACUACCUGUUUUAAUGGGGGAACCUGUUUCUACCCUGGAAAGUGUAUUUGCCCUCCAGGACUAGAGGGAGAACAGUGUGAAAUAAGCAAAUGCACUCAACCCUGUCGAAAUGGAGGUAAAUGCAUUGGUAAAAGCAAAUGUAAGUGCUCCAAAGGUUACCAAGGAGACCUCUGUUCCAAGCCUGUCUGUGAGCCUAGCUGUGGCACACACGGAACCUGCGAUGGACCCAACCGGUGCCAGUGUCAGGAAGGCUGGCAUGGAAGACACUGCAACAAACAUGCUUAUCCAGAUCAGGGGUCUCCAGAGGGUGGUGCAUGUAGCCCAGGUACGGAGCCAGCCUCAUGCAUGCCCUGAGGCCUGCAGGCACCCGGCUCAGGCAGCACACGCCUUCACUUAGAAAGGCCGAGGAGCUGCGGGAUCCACCUGAAUCCAAUUACAUCUGGUGAACAAGAACAGCUGAAACGUUUUAAGUUACAUGGAGUUCAUAGCCUUUGUUAACCUUUCAUGUGUUCAGUGUUCAAAUAAUGUUCAUUACAGUUCAGAAUACUGGCCUGAAUUUUAUUAGCCUCAUUAUAAAUCACCAAGCUGAUAUUUACUCUUCCUUUUAAGUUUUCUGAGGACGUCUGUAGCAUGACGGUAUAGAUUUUGUUUCAGUGCUCUGAGCCAGAUUUUAUAUUAUGUCAGUUGAUCAGGCUAAAAUUGUAUCUUUUCGGUUGUGUAGUUGACAGAUAAUUUCUAAAAUUACAAUAUAUUCACAGUGUUGAGGGGCUGGGAACAUUAGAGAAGAUAAAUGAGGCAAAAUGCAUAAAUCACAAGAGUUUGGAGGAAGCAGUUCAUAGUGCUGAAGUUACAGCAUUUCAAAUUUUAUUGUCCUGUAUUUAGACAUUUGUCACAUUUUAAAAAUUCUCAUUUUUAAACUCUUAAUAUGAUAUAUUUUGACCUUACCAUAAUUCCAGAGAAUUCAGUACAGAAAGAAAGAAAGA